GAUAGAAUGAGAGGUCUCUCUGCCGCUCUUUCUUCCCCACCUUUCUAUCUCUCCCCUUCCCUCCCCCCAAUGACACCUCCAGCAAAGCACCUGUCGAUUCCUUCGGAGCUCAAGCCUGCGGGCACCUCCGGUGCGCAGCUGCUGGCCAUUGAGCGUAAAAAGGCCAGCUUCGACUCCAAGCAGAUGGCCGCUUACCUGCACGGUAAAAAGUGGCUUCAGCGCGAUGCCGAGCUCGUCGAACUGCUGCAGAAUGACCCCUCGGGCGCCUUUGACAAGUCGUCGUGGAAUUACCUCGGCCGCACGGACAAGUUCCGCGCUGCGCUCAAAAAGGACAAGCGGCUGGCCCAACUUGCGCGAGAGCACAGUUGGACCCGUGAAGUGGAGCAGCAUGCAGAGAGCCUGUGCGACCUGCCCGGUCCCUUUGGCCUGCACAAGUCGAUGUUCAUCACGACAAUAGACUCGAUGGGCACCGACGAGCAAAAGGAGGAGUGGCUCGGCCCUGCGAUGCGGUACGAGAUCAUUGGCUGCUAUGCGCAGACCGAGCUCGGCCACGGCUCCAACGUCCAGGGACUCGAGACCGUGGCCGUCUACGACGAAAAGACGCAGGAGUUUGACAUCCACUCACCCUCAAUGACGGCCUCCAAGUGGUGGAUUGGUGGACUGGGCCGCUCGGCGACGCACGCCAUCGUCAUGGCCCAGCUGGUCCUCAAGGGCAAGAAGCACGGGCCUCAUCCCUUCGUCGUCCCCAUCCGAGACCCUGUGACACGCGAGCCACUGCCGGGACGCUACAUUGGUGAUAUUGGCCCCAAAAUGGGUUACAACACGACCGACAAUGGUUUCCUCCUCUUUGACCACGUCAAGGUGCCCCACUUCAACCAGCUGGCCCGCUUCGCAAAGGUGGAAGCCGACACGGCCGUCUACGUGCCUCCGCAGUCGUCGGCCCUCACCUACGGUACCCUGACCUGGGUGCGUGCCAACAUUGUCCAGCAGUCGCGGACGGUGCUCAUGCGGAGUGCCACCGUCGCCAUCCGCUACUGUGCCAUUCGACGGCAAUUUGCGGACCGCGACCACCCAAAGUACGAGGGAAACAAGCCAAUCGAGACGCAGGUCCUCGACUACUCCAUGGUCCAGGCCCGAAUCUUCCCCGUGCUCGCCAAGGCCUUUGCGUUCCACUACACGGCAAAGUACAUGUUUGACCUGUACAACAAAAACAUUGAGAACAUCAACCAGGGCGAUCUCUCGCUCAUGGCUGAGACGCACGCCAGCACGUCGGGCCUCAAGGCGCUCUGCACCAUCGAGGCCGCCGAAGCCAUCGAGACAUGCCGGAGGGCCUGUGGCGGCCACGGCUACUCGUCGGCUUCGGGCCUCGGCAGCUUUUACUCCGACUACCUCCCCCAGGUGACGUGGGAGGGCGACUCGUACAUGCUCUCGCAGCAGACGAGCCGGCACCUGCUCAAGCAGAUGCGCGCCAUUCUCAAGAACCCCGACGACGUGCCCAAGGGCUUCAUCAGCGACUACAUCAACAUGUACUUUAAGAACAAGGGCACCCAGGCCCACGCCUCGUACUCGGGUGACCUCUACGACCCCAUGUGGUUCGUCAAGGCCUUUGGCUACCGAGCCGCGCACCUCAUCGAGCAGACGCUGGAGCUCCGCGAUGGCCCGAGCAAGCGGUCGUGGAACUCGAUUCUGCCGGAGCUGUACAAGUGCUCCAAGGCUCAUGCCCAGGCUCUCGUCGUCUACAACUUUGCCAUGGCCAUCCUUCACGAUGAGGAGCUCAACAGCCAGCCAGCGCUGCGGACCGUCAUGCAGCAGGUCUUCCUCCUCUACUGCACCCACACGAUGGAGCUCGAGGGCGCCGAGUUCCUCUCCAGCGGCUACCUCACCCCGGCCCAGUACAAGCUUCUCGCGACAAAGGUGCAGGAGUGCCUCGCAUGGAUCCGGCCCCAGGCGGUGCCCCUCGUUGACUCCUUUGCCCUCUCCGACUACCUCCUCAACUCGCACCUGGGCUCCAGCAAGGGCGACGCCUACGAGGGCCUCUUCGACCACGCGCUCCGCGAGCCAAUCAACAGCUCAAAGUGGAACGUCGACAUCAACGACCUCGAUGCUGCAGACAUUGACCAGUCCCAAGCCCUGCCUCGCUCCAAGCUGUAGAUAAUCAUCAUUCCAUCCACAAAAAAAAUUGCAUCAAGUCCGAAUGGCAUAAUUCUAUCGAUGACUGGAAAGAAGGAAUGGCUUGACAAAGACGACGAAUAUUGAUGAU